AUGGCUACUGUCCUUGCUGUCCGGAGCGAGGUGACAGGCAAGCGCCCCAUCAAGCUGACCCCGAAGAUGCAGGGAGCUGGGGGUCUUGGUACCCGCUUGAGUGGCGGUGUCAAGAAGCGCAAGGCUGUUGGCGGCCGACUGAUCACGAAAGCGCGCAAGGAUGGCGCUUCUGAGCACGUCGAUGACAACGAUGAUGUCGACGAUGUUGCGGGCAACACCGGCAUUGACAACGCCUCUGCUGCCGCAGCUGACCCGUCUAGCGGUGCUGGUGAUGCCGCUCCCUUGGGGGUUCAAGUCCAUGCUGACGACUUCAGUGAUGAGGAGCAUGAUGAGGAAGAGGAACGCACGAAGCUGCAGACGGAAAAGCAAGUUUUAACCGUAACGCUCAUUUCCUGUGCCGCAGGGGACGGGCGACAGGACACGCUGAACAACAUCACCGAGCGUGAUGGGGCGUCGCUUCCCUCUCAAAGUCCUGCUGGGAGCCCCCUGGAGGGUGUUGCCGCGGCAUCUGACCAGGCUGCUAACGGGCGGCUUGCUGAGUUGGAGCGAACCACGCAGCAGCAGUCACAGCUGAUUUCGUCGCUUUUGUUGCAACUUAACAACGGGUCCUGCUCCCUGGAGAGGGGUGCGGUGGGUCAUGCCUCGGGGUCUCCAAGCACCAAUGGAACGCCGCGAUCAGCACCAACGUCGCAGCAAGCUCAUGUCGCCACACCCGAACGCGAAAUGCUGCAGCGCCUGACAUCCAACCGUGCUUCCCCUGCUGUGCCGCGGAAGCGGAAGUAUCCAACGAUGAAGAACAACGGUAACGUGUGCGACGUAGUCCUGCACACGUCACUCAGCGGUAUCCCGUUGAGGGACCAGAUCCUCAUGCGCCAGUUGCCUUCCUAUGGCAAGGCAUGGAACUCGACUUGUUCUUCUCGCAUGCUGAUUUGCCACGUUUCCAAGUUUCCAAAUCUCCCUAUUCUUUUCCGCAUUCCCAUGUACCAGAAAAAAAUGGAGCUUGCUGUGGUUGUGGCGUUCUUUCGCCAACCGGACGACGUUACGAGCGUGUACCCGUCAGAAAGCGUGGUGAUGCGGUGCCUCAUCGGCGUUUGGGGCGAGAGCAAGGCUGCCGCGCUAGUAGCAGUCAUGACGUACUGCGUGGCGCGGGCAGGCGCUUCAACGCGCAAGCAGAGUGAUUGGCGUGCGCGGAUCUCGAUGAAUGGGCGCCGGAAUUUUGCUGACGCCUAUGGGCUAGUUUGCGAAGCGAAUCCCCGUCUGAAGUUCGAUUACAGCGAGCUGAUUUGUGAUGAGGAGCGCACACCGACCCAAGUAUACAACUUGGAGAGCAAGGGUGGGAUACCACUGGUCAAGCCUCUUGAAAAGGGAGGGCUUCUUAUCUGGCACUUUGCUGAAGGCACGAUGCGCCCGUUUGGCACUGCGCUCUUCGACAUCAUCGUCCGCAACGCAUUUCAGAAGGGUGCUGGCGGGUCGGCUACGGUGGUGAAGGCGUACCACAUUGCCUAUCUGCUGUAUCUGUCCCCCUUUGAGUUCUCACUGGGCGAGUCAGGAGGGAGCCUGCAGCUCGCAGUGAUGAGCGGCACCAUCAAAUGGCCGCACCCGCCGCUCUCCGCCUCCUCCUUUCCAUCCCCUAAUCUCCCCUCUUUUCUCCUUCUCCCCAUUUUCCCCCCUCCCCCACCCCUACCCUUGCUUCCUGCACUCUUUCCCCGGCCCUUUCUCCCCAUUCCCUCCCGCCUUUUUUCUUCUCCUUUCCCGAACCCCAGGUACGGGCAGUCCCCCUUUGAGUUCUCACUGGGCGAGUCAGGAGGCAGCCUGCAGCUCGCAGUUGAAUAUUCCGUGGUGCACCACAAGGCUCGUGGCAAACGCAUUCCUACGGAUGCGGAUGUGAAUGCAGCUGACAUUGCCUGCUACCACCGCAAGGUGAAGGCGGCCAUUCGCAAGACCCUCGAGGAGUCUCCGGAUGACCAGCUUCCUGCAUGGUCGGAGCAGUAUCAGGGGUGGGUGUUUGGACCCACCGAGACUGUGGUGAUCUCGGGCAGCGGGUUCCCCGACCUCGUUCCCGAUGGGGCUGACCCCGAUGCCGCCGAGAAGAAGGCGGUUGCUCUCCUGUUCGAGUAUGCCCAGGUGGAGCCCGAGAAAGGCAAGAAGAAGAAGACGGGUUCCAACAACAGUGAUGCCACCAUGGAGCGUGAUCUCCUGGAUGAUGUGGGCUUGGGCGCAGGCUUGGCGGGCGCGUUGCGUCCAGCAGCUGGGGCAGCUUCCACGAGUGGGAGCGCGGCGAUCCGCGCGGCCGUGAGGCAACGUCUGGUGGCUGUGACGCAGCGAGUCGCGGGGCUCAACGAGAACGUGUCCGCCCUCUCCGGGAUGGUGACCGACUUGCACGGCGCGCUGAGCAACGCUCUGGAUGACGCUUUGAACAGCGCUCUCAACGGCGCUGUGAACGACGCUCUGAAUGGGGGUUUGAACGACGGCGGUGUGCGCGGUGGCGUUGUGGGGAAUCUCGCGAAUCUUCUGCCUCAGCCGGCAGGCAUGCUGCGAGCUGUGCUGACGUCAUGCAACGGCCUGCUGUCUCUCCAGGCCGGCGCUGCUGACAUUCAGAUCCUCAAGAUUGGCUCAGAUUACAUGGUCACAUACUACCUCUUCGUUGGGGGAGUGACCAAGGCCCCGGACUCGCAGGCCAUCUUCAAGGGCAACGCCUGCGGCACCGCUGUUGCUUCAGCAGCCCUCGCUCUGCUUGGCACGUGGGUGCCCAUGAGCCCUGUGUCCUGGUCGCUGGCCAAUGUCGUGAGGGCGUCAGCUGCUGACGUGGCGGAUGUGCUGGCGUUGAUCCAAGGGAUCACCAAUGAUGACCUGUUCCUCGGAUUCUCCGGUGCUGACGUGGCACUCUCAGGGAGAACGAUGGGUGGAAGGGUGUGA